AAUCGCAGCCACCAAGGAUGGUGAGUAACUGAGUCUUGAGUCUUGCUUCAAAGCAGAUGUGUCUUUACACUUGAGGCUUUCGGUUUGGAUGGUUGUUCAACUGCUUAAGAUAGACCUUGUGAUCGUUUGGCCACAGUGUCAAAGGAUUCUCACAUGGCAUGGAGGAAUUCGUAGCAGCAGAGACACAUUUUCGCGCCAGCUCUCGCUAGACCUUGUUCGAGCCCUCGCUAACUUGGGCUCCUGGCCCCGCCACAGUCGCGCCAAAAUCCGACUCAGCGCGAUGCCCACCACGGUAUUUCAUCAACAACUUUCACCAUCAUCUUCCAGGCACUCCGGCACCGAAUCCCCCCGGUCGUAUCCACCAUGACCGUCGCCAAUCGCCCCUUCGUCAAGCAGACCUCGUUCGCCGUGGACUAUGCCCCCUCCCACAUCACCAAGUGGCGCUCCCAAACAACCGGCUUGCAAAUCACCUACAUCAACCAGCCGUCCCCCAUCGUGGAGGGCUACUUUGCGGUGGCCACCGAAAUCACAAACGACUCGGGUUGUCCCCACACCUUGGAGCACUUGAUCUUCACCGGAUCCUCCAACUACCCCUACAAGGGCCUUCUCGACACCUUGGGCAACCGUCUCUACUCGUCUACUAACGCCUGGACUGGCGUGGACCAGACGGUGUACACAUUGACCACGGCAGGCUGGGAUGGCUUCAAAACGUUGUUGCCCAUCUAUUUGGACCACAUCCUCCACCCCACCCUCACCGACGAAGCCUGCCUCACCGAGGUAUACCACAUCGACGGCACCGGCAAGGAAAAGGGUGUCGUAUUCAGCGAAAUGCAAGGCAUCGAAACCGACGCCUGGUCUAUCAUGUAUUUGGAGAUGCAGCGGCUGUUGUAUGCUGCCAGCUCUGGCUACUCGUCUGAGACUGGUGGCUUGAUGGCAGAACUCCGCAAGCUCACCAACGACCAGAUCGUCCAGUUCCACAAAGACAUGUACCGUCCGGACAACUUGUGUGUCAUCAUCACCGGCAGCAUCAACGAGGAUGAGUUGUUGGACAUCAUGACACAAUUUGACCACCAAUUGCCUGCGUUACCUACCACCCCCAACAAAAGACCGUUCAUGGACUCUCCCGAGGACUUGCCCCUCCUGGCCUCAGUAGUGAAGGAGGUGCCCUUCCCCGACACCGAGGAGGUGAUGGGUAAGCUCUUGAUGUCGUGGAUUGGCCCUGAUGCCUCAGGCUGCUUGGUCAACGUCGCCUUAGACAUGGUGGGUUCUUUCCUUACCGAAAGCCCUAUCUCGUUGUUCAACAAACACUUGGUGGAGAUCGAGAGUCCCUAUGCCACUGAGAUCGACUAUGGAACCGACGACUACCGCAGAACCACCCUCAACUUCACCGUGCACGAUAUUCCCGUGGAGCAUCUCUCCAAGGUCGAUGUUCUCAUCAAAGACUUGAUUGUGAGCCAAACAGACCCCAAGAGCUUGGACUUGGACUACAUGAGACACGUCAUCAAGCAGCAGAGAUUGAAGUUCAUUUCCAGUGCAGAAAAAUCCCCUAUGGUGUUCUCCAAUGUCGCGAUCUCUGAAUUCUUGUAUGGGAAACCCGACGGCUCAGAUUUGAUGACCUGGUCGAAGGGUUUGUCAGAAUAUGAUGAGUUGUUGGAGUGGUCUGCUGAGCAAUGGUGCUCAUUGAUCAAAGAGUACUUUGUCGAGAACCACUCGGUCUCUCUCUUGGGAAAACCUUCAAUCAAGUUGAACGACCAAAUCAAAAAGACCACCAAGCAGAUUUCCAAAGAUAUCAAGGCCAAGUACGGCAAGGAAGGAUUGGCUGAAUUGGGGAAGCAAUUGGACUUAGCCCAAGAGAAAAACGACACCCCUAUUCCUGAGAAAUUAUUGACUGAAUUCGAAAAGCCCGAUCCUUCUAAGAUCCAGUUCAUUAACACCAAGUCAUACACAAUUGAACUGUCGCAAAAGUUGUACAAUCCAAAGUAUACCAAGUACAUCAGGGAUGAUGCUCUUUACGAUACGAUUGCUAAAGACUCGGAAGUGUACGGCCAAGAAUUGCCCCUCUUCAUCCAUUUCGAAGACUUCAAGUCCGAAUUUACUACUAUCAACCUUGUUUUAUCUUCUACUGCCAUUGAUCCUGACCUUUUACGCUACAUGUCCAUAAUCGAAGAAAUUUUCUCCUUGUCCAUCGAGCUUCCAAACGGGGAUUACAUACCAUACGAAAAGGUCAUUUCAAAUAUUGAAGAAGACCUUUUGGAAACCCGUCUUGAUAAUGGCUAUGAAAACGAGUUCCUCGAAUUAAUUAGCGUCAAGGUCAAAUUUGAAUCUCAUAAAUACCCGAAGGCAAUCGAAUGGCUCCAGAAUGUCCUCAGGUUCAGUAAGUUUGAGGAAGCAAGAACACAGGUCAUAAUUGAAAAAAUUAUCAAUUCCAUCCCUGAUAAGAAGAGACUGGGAGAGUUAAUGAUGUACUCUCUCCAAUAUCGAACCAUGUUUGAAUCAUCGUCCUUAAGGAAAGCCCAAGACUCCAUGUACACCGAGGAGUUUUACAAGGACUUGUUAGUGAAAAUUAAUGACGGAAAAUUUGAUAUGAUUAAGAAGGAUUUGGAAAAAUUGACUAAGCAAUUAUUCACUUUGGAAAACCUCAAGGUUUUCGUGGUUGGUGGAAUUUCUAGUUUGCAAAACCCUAUAACCAGUUGGAAGACAUUUAUUGAAACAUUUAAUAGCCCAGAUGCCCAUUCCCCAAUUCCGUUCGACAAGCUUCCAAGAUCAUUGGAAUUCAAGUCUGAAAUUGGUAACAAAUGUCUGAACGAGGCAUACCUCAUUGCCUCGCCCGCUGAAGAGUCUACUCAUUUGAUUUCAGUGACACCUAUGCCUACCUCGUACCUCGAAGACGAUAUUUUCAGAAUUGCGCUUACCACUGAAUUUUUGAACGCAGUUGAAGGUCCAUUCUGGAGAGGUGUCAGAGGUACUGGACUUGCAUACGGGACUCAAAUUAAGAGAAAUCUUGAGACUGGGUUACUCACCUUCCAGAUCUACCGUGGCUCUGAUGGUAUCCAAGCAUGGACGGUGGCCAAGUCUAUCGUGGAUGAUUAUGCCGAUGGAAAGCUAAAAAUUGACCAAUUAAGUGUUGAGAAUUCGGUUGCUGCUAUUGUCAAUGCUGUUGCAAACCAAAUCGAUACCAACUACAACGCGGCUUCAAGUGCUAUCAGCGACUACUUGUUCAAGAGAAGAGGUCCCGAUUACACAGAAUACUUUAUCAAGAGACUUAACGAAUUGAAAGCAGAUGAUAUUCUCUACACUUUGAACAAGUAUUUCAAGGCACUUUUUAGUAGUGAGAGUUCCGUCAUUUUCACCAGUUUACCACCUGUAAAGGUUGAGGAAACUAGCCAGUUCUUCAAGUCUCAGGGCUACCAAACUCAUGUUGAAGAAAUCACCCUUGAAGAAGGCGAAUAUGGUUCUGAAGACGAUUCCGAAUUCGAUUCCGAAUUCGAGUCUGAAACAGAAAGUGAGUCUGGUGAGGAAACCGAAGACAGCGACGAGGAAUGAACCUAGGAAUUUCUAAAGAGUAGUAGCUCACUGUAACGGUAUCUUAAAGAGAAAAUAGUGUAAAAUAGUCUAUGAAGUAGAAUAUUAGAUGGUAUAUGACCAAUGAAAUAUGUAUCACCAAAUAAAGGAUGGAAAUU